AUCCUCCACAUUGUGUUGAGCUUCACACACAGCUGUCUCCCAGAUCUUCUAGAAAACAUGGACUUCAAUGGAACAUGGCAGGUCUACUCCCAGGAGAACUACGAGGAGUUCCUCAGGGCCAUGGAACUCCCAGAGGAGGUCAUAAAGAUGGCCAAGGACAUCAAGCCAAUUACUGAGAUCAAGCAGAAAGGUAAUGACUUUGUUGUCACCUCAAAGACCCCUGGAAAGACUGUGACCAACACCUUCACCAUCGGCAAGGAGGCUGAAAUUAACACCAUGGACGGCAAGAAGCUCAAGUGCGUUGUCAAUCUGGAGGGCGGCAAACUGGUCUGCAACACCGGCAAGUUCUGCCACAUUCAAGAGCUCAAGGGAGGAGAGAUGGUUGAGAACUUAACCAUGGGCUCAACAACUCUCAUCAGGAGGAGCAAAAAGAUGUAAACUUGGCCGUGAAUGAACCAAUUUCUAUUUAAAUAAAAAUGUUACUUAAUAA